AUGGGAAACUUCCUAACAAAGAACACAGAAGAAAGAAAAAAGAGAUCCGUUCACACAACUCGCGACGGCCAAGCAUUUACGAGUCAGUUCAGCUUGUCGCAUUUCGUCGGUAACCUCAGCGGGCGCUCCUUCGUUAGCAUAAGUAGCGACCAUUCAGUAUACAGCACUUCGCGGCCUUGGUCUCGAGUUUCUAGACGAAGAUGGCAUGAAUCAACAUUAAAUAAUCCACUAGAGGCAAGUAAAACUGCUUGGCCAGUCUCACACCAAGAGUCAAUAUUCCUCCCAGAAUUUCCAAUAACAACUGAUCUCCAGACAAAAGACUUUGAAGUAGUUGAAACAAUAGCUAAAGGUGCAUUCGGAGAAGUAUUUAAAGCAAAGAGAGUUACUGAAGAUAAAGAAUAUGCUCUGAAAGUUUUGAAUAAAGCGCAGUUGGUUCACGAAAGAGCUGUGGUCCAAGUUAAAGAGGAAGCGAAAAUACAAGCUAUAGUUGGACACCAUACUUUCAUCGCUGGCGCUGUCUCACGUUGGCAGACGAAGAAAAGACUUUAUAUAGUUUCAGAAUACAUUCCUGGUGGCGAGCUGUUAGCUCUCCUAGACAAGUGGAGGAAGUUACCGGAGGAGGUUGUGAGAGUUUUCGUUGCUGAAAUUGCGAUAGCUAUUGAUUUCCUACACAAUGCGGGAAUAAUUUUCCGCGAUUUGAAACCGGAGAAUAUACUGCUCGACGCUGAUUAUCAUAUUAAGCUGAUAGACUUCGGCCUAUCCAAGUGGUUGUCUAUCGGUUCAAGAACGACCACGCUGUGUGGUACUCUACAAUAUAUGGUGUGGGACUUGACUCGUUAUAAAUAUUGA